AUGAGGGAGGUGGAUGAUCACGGCGGUGGAGAUAUGUUGAAUAUGUUCGAAUAUGUCACGUAUGAAGCCUGUGCCAUGAGUACAUGUUACAUACGAAAUGGACAGCGAGAACACGUAACAGAGUUACCUCGUGAUGUCACUACACCAGACAAAUACCAUUGUACUGCGUGCGCAGAUUCGUUACAAAUGAAUUGGCUCUCUCGACUCGAACAUUGGCAAUACUCUGUUACAAAAGAAAAACCAGAUGAUCAAUCAUUUGGUGGAAAAUAG